AUGAAGGUCACCAUCAAGGAGUGGAACGCCGUCGCCACCUGGCGAUGGGACAUCCCGGAAGACGACGUCUGCGGCAUCUGCCAGGUCCACUUUGAUGGGACGUGUCCGACCUGCAAAUACCCUGGCGACGACUGCAGCCUGCUGUCUGGCAAGUGCGGCCACAACUUUCAUAUGCACUGCAUCAUGGAGUGGAUAAAACAAGACUCUGCCCGCGGCCAGUGCCCCAUGUGCCGACAACCGUUCGAAUGGGCCGACCAGGCUAAUGAGUCAACGACAUCUGGGCAAGAGUAA